AUGUCGUCCACUUUUCCAAGCUUUGUUGCCAAGAGAUCAGUGUCCAAACUUCCUAUUGUUGGUCUUGUAAGCAAGUGUCUUGGAUGUGUCUAUGUUCAGCGUGAGUUGAAAUCAUCAGACAUAAAAGGGGUCUCAGCUGUUAUCAGUGAUAGAAUUCAAGAAGCUCAUCAGGAUAAGUCUGCGCCUAAGAUGAUGAUAUUCCCAGAAGGCACAACGACAAAUGGUGACUACCUCCUUCCAUUCAAGACUGGUGCAUUUUUGGCACAGAGUCCAGUUCGCCAUGUGAUUCUUCUUCUGUGUCAGUUUGCAAAUUACAUUGAAGUAACUAAAUUACCUGUUUACCGCCCCUCAGAACAAGAGAAAGCAGAUCCCAAGCUUUACGCUGAAAAUGUCAGGAGGCUGAUAGCUCGUGAGGCCAAUUUGAUUCUUUCAGAUGUUGGACUGGCAGAGAAAAGAGUCUAUCUUGAAGCUCUCAAUGGUAAUAUUAGUACGCCCACUGUUUUGCGUCACAAAGAUGAUUGA